AUGAAUGCUAGUCUUAUUUGUUUCGUACUUAUACUUGCAUUAAAUAUAGCUAGAGCUAAUAGAACACUCCCUGCGAACGUUGUCUACCAUCCUAAAUAUUGCCCUACACAAGACCCCGUCAUUGAUAGAAACUACCUAAUUGAAUUGACAGAGAAUAAUGAUUUAUGGAUUGAAUCAGCCCAUAUUCAUGUCAAAAAGAGAUUUAACCAUCCAUUGUUUACUGGAGCUUUGAUUGAAGUAGUGGACGGGCAAGAAGCAUCUUUAAAGCCUCUCUUAGACCAUGAAAAUGUAGUGUCUAUCUCUCCCAAUAAAAUGAUUCAACUUCCUGCGUUUGUCCCUCAAGCCCCCAAUGGCAGCCAAGGGGCCACAUUAUCUGCUGAUAUGGUCAAAUCUUUGCUGCCUCAUGAGUUUUCACAAGUAAACAGGGUUCGAAGAGAACUGAAUUUGACUGGAGAAGGCAUACUGGUGGGUCUGAUUGAUACAGGUAUUGAUUAUCGCCAUAAAGCCUUUGGUGGUGGUUUUGGUCCUGGAUAUAAAGUAGUUACUGGUUACGAUUUAGUGGGUGAUAGUUGGGAUUAUACCAAUGAUCCUAUACCAGAUAAUGAUCCAUUAGAUGACUGUGGAGCAUUUGGAAAUGGCACGCUUAAAGGAGCUUCAGGCCAUGGAACACACGCUGCUGGUAUUAUUGCUGGAUUUGAUUCUGAAAAUGGUUUUGAAGGUGUUGCUCCAAAUGUCAAGCUGGGUGUUUGGCGUGUAUUUAGUUGCAAUGGUGCUUCUUCUACGGGUAUUGUUGUAGAAGCGAUGUUGAGAGCAUAUGAUGCAGGUGUUCACAUCAUCAGCAUAAGCAUAGGUACAGAGCGUCCUUGGUCAGAAGCUAGUCAUCCUCAACACAAGGUCAUCAAUCGACUGGUACAAAAUGGUGUACAUGUUGUUGUUGCUACUGGAAACAACGGUAGAAAAGGCCCUUUUACUGUCAUGACUCCUUCCAAUGCUGAAGGCGCUUUCUCGGUAGCUUCCGUUGACAAUCAAUAUAAGAUUUCUACCAGUGUUGUGCAAGCAACUGGCAUUUCAAAACUUAUUGGUAGACGUGCUAGUGGCAGUUUUUCUCGGAUACCUGAUGCUGAACUAGCUAUUGCUUAUACCGGUAGUGAUCCUAAGUUGCUUGAAGCCGAUGCGUGUACAUCAGAGUCUGUUUCGACUGGAGUUUCUGGUAAAAUAGCUCUAGUUAGACGUGGUGGUUGUCUCUUUGCAGACAAGAUUGAAAAUGUAGCAUCUGCAGGUGCCAUUGGAGCUCUUUUUUAUAACCAAGACAAUGGCAUCAAAAUAAGUAUAGCUCUCACUAAUGACUCUAUUCCAGUUGCUUCGAUUUCAAAUGAAGAUGGUAGUGUAUUAAUACAAGCAGCUAGAAAUGAUCAAGUUAAUUUGACUUUUGAUUACCAUGCCAAAAACCAUUUUGAACUGAAUAUGGAAGCGAAUUCUGUCUCCAUGUUCUCUAGUAUGGGUCCUACUGUUGAGCUUGAUUUGAAACCAGAUAUUGCUGCUGUAGGUGAUACAGUUUACUCCACAUUACCUAGGUAUUUAGGUGAUUAUGGUGUACUCAGUGGUACUUCCAUGGCUUGUCCUUAUGUAUCUGGUGCCAUUGCUUUGUAUUUACAGCAGCAUGGCAUCAAUAAGACAAACCCUCUGGAGAUCCGAGAACGAUUCAAGAACUAUGCCUACAUGACUAAUAUUGGAGUUCCAGGCAGUAAUGUACUUGAAAGUCCCUUACGACAAGGUGCUGGUGCCGUUCAAGUUUAUGAUGCUAUUACUCAGCCUGUCUAUGUUAGUCCAGCUCAGAUCAGUUUUAAUGAUACAUCUUCUACAGGCAUAAGUUACAAGACACACAAUUUGACUAUUGUGCAUACUGGUACCGAUACUGUUACCUAUCAAUUGUUUAACAAUGUGUCUGUUGCCAUUUCACCUUACAAUCGCACAAAUUCUGGCUAUCAACUCCUCACUUUUCCUACAAAUGUACAAGUCUAUGCUGACAUCCAAGUCUCUACAAACCUAGUAAGUCUAGAGUCAGGUCAAAAUCAGACUGUCACUAUUACAGUCAUCCCUCCAAACAACAUAGACAUACAGGAUCAUAUCAUGUACAGUGGAUUUAUUCAAUUCGAGCCCUUAAAUCAAGUAAACAGUUCAACCGUUCGCUUCAAGACAUUGCAUGUACCUUAUUUUGGUGUUGUAGGCAAUCAGCGCGACUUGCCUAUGUUUGAUCCUACCUUUGACAUUGUUACCUUUGAUGUCGAAAACAAGCAUGUAUAUCAAGACAAUGAAACAAUUCAAUAUACAUUAUCUGAAGCACAGGAUGAUUUUAUUGGCUUUGACUAUCGAUUUGUUACGCCCGUAGGUGUCCAUAAAGCAGAAGUACUGCGAUAUCCAAGUCUGGAAUUGAUGGGCCUUGUUUCAUUCAACGCAUACCAGUAUGCACAGCGACACACCACAACUCUUUAUUGGAACGGACAUUACUCAACACAACUUGAUUUUAAUCGUCUUUAUUAUGAAGCAAGAGGAAACAUGACGAUGGAAACUGUGCCUGUCACCAGUGGCACUUUUGUGAUACGAUUAAGUGCGCUCAAGAUCUUUGGCAACCAAAACCAGCCCAGUGAUUGGGAUACUUGGACAUCUAAGCCAAUAAUGAUAAACAAUGAAUAA